UUCGUGCCACCUGUUCGUGCCAGCUGAGUUAAACCGGGUAAACCAGGCUCACCUGUGGGGGCGACAGGUGGUUGGUCGGUGCAGUGUCGCGCGCCCACAGAUGCGCCCGGGUGAGCUCUCGGCGUGCACGCGAGAUUAGUGUUCGGUGAGCGCGGGGGGGGUACACCGGGAGAGCGAGCGCACCCUGGCCGUUGGUCCGCUGAGUCGACAAAGAGCUCCGGGAAGAUGUCGGCGAUGAGUCCGCACCGAGACACCAGCAGCUAACGGCCGCUGCCUCCGGAUACCGUGAAGUUUCUCCGUCGGACGGUUGACCAGAGAGCUGCUGGGAUAAACCGCCCAGUGACGGACAGGUGUAUUCCGCCGUCUCCCCCUCCGUCCCCCGCUGGACUGUGGCAGCCACCACCGGGGCUGCUAGCUGGUUUUCUUUUCUACUUUGUUCUGCUUUUGUUUUUGGACUUUUCUGAGCCAUGUUGUGGACGCGGUGGCUUGUCCUGCUGCUCUGCUGGGGGGCCACAAGCGGCGAGCAGCAGGCGGAUGAGAGGGACCAGGCGCCGGCUGGAGUCCGGGCGGACUCCCGCAGGCAGCGCUCUCCUCCGCCAGUGGAGCCGCUGGAUUUUGGGUUCGUACCCGCGGCGGUUUACGACACCCACGCUUACUACGAACCGGGGAGCAUAGGAAUCCUCUUCCAUAUGGUCCACGCGUUUCUCUACGUGGUACAACCGAACUCCUUCCCCAAAGACCUCAUUGUCAAAGUCAUUCAGCAAAACAUGGGGGGAAUCAAAAUAGAGGAAUGGAGGAAGCCAGAAAACGUCGUACUGUUGCUACAGUGGAUCCACUAUGAGGCCGGAUUCAUCGUAUGUGCGACCCUCGGUAUCGCGUUUGUGGUCCUUGUUCCCAUCAUAGCAACGUGUUUCUGUGUGUGUCGAUGCUGUGAAAACUGCGGAGGUGAGAUGCACCAGAGACAAAGGAAAAACGCUGACUGCCACCGAGGUUUCUUUACUGCCUCACUCAUCGCCAUCUCUGUCUUCAUCAUUCUGGGAGUUCUCAUCGCCUACGCUGCAAAUCACAAUGUCAGCACCCAGAUCAGGAGCACCCGGCGGCUCAUUAAUACCAACAUGAGAGACCUGAAGACAUUUGCUAACAACACGCCUGCGCAAGUUGAAUACCUGACAGCACAGUACACCACAGCCAAGAACAAAGUCCUCUCAGAUCUUGACAACAUUGGACCUUUGCUGGGCGGCAGGAUACACAGUCAGCUGGAGAAAGAGGUGGUUCCCUCACUGGACACUGCCCUGCGAAUGGCAGGAGCAAAAGUUGAGAGUGCCAUCAAAGCCAUGAGGGAAACCAAGGAGGCCUUGGAGACCGUCAACACCUCCUUGGAGGUUCUUCAGGAUGGGAUGGGGAAGCUUCAGGCCAGUGUUACAGGUGAGCGUGCCUCCCUAUCCAACACACUGUCCGACCCAGCCUGCACCAAUGGAGCUGUGUCUCCUACAUGCAACACCAUCCGCUCCACACUGUCCCAGCUGGGAGUCAACGCCGACUACUCCAAGCUCCCAGAUGUCAGCCACGCUUUGGUCAACAUUAAUACCAUCUUGAGAACAGAUCUCAGCAACAUUGUGCAAAAGGGUUACGCAUCCUUCAAUGACACACCAAAACUGGUUAAAGAGCAAACUAAAAACAUUGUCUCAGCUUUGCCUCGAGUAAAAGGCAUGCUGGAUAAGAUCGGCACAGAGAUCACCAGCUUCUCCAAGAUGUUCCCAGUGGAAGCCUCUCUGGCCAAUUUCACCACUUUCCUCAAUGAAAGGCAAAAGGCCAUUGAGUCCUUUUACCCACAGAUUGACCAGAUGGAUUUCUACAGGUGGAUCGGCUGCGUGGCGGUGCUCUGCAUGGUCGUCCUGGUCCUGGCCUUCAACGUCCUCGGCCUGCUGUGUGGCACCUGCGGCUACGACAAGCAGGCGACGCCGACAACCCGCGGCUGCCUAUCGAACACCGGAGGAAACCUGCUGAUGGCUGGGGUGGGCUUCUCCUUUAUCUUUGCCUGGGUGCUGAUGGCCAUCGUUACCUCCCUGUUUGUUGCCGGUGGCAACAUAGAGAAGAUGAUAUGUGAACCUCUGGCUAACCGGCAGCUGUUCAAGAUCAUAGACACACCAUUCCUCGUGCAUCCUGAAAAGAAAAACUUCCUCCCUGGGAUGCUGUUUCAGAAUCCAAAUAUUGACUUGACUUUGGGCAGCAUGUACAGGGAAUGCUACGAGAACAACGGUCUGUAUCAUGCUCUGCAGCUGGAGACCAUGUUCAACAUCAACUCCUUCCUCAACAGAACUGUGUACAACAGGGAUCUGGCCAAAGUGUUUGAAGGUGUGCAGGUGGAUCUGCAGAACGUCACACUGCUGGAGCAGGCCGGCAGAGACAACCUCAUCAACUUCGCCAACUCUGGAAUUGGACAAAUCGACUAUGAUGCUUAUCUUACUGAGGUAAAUAAAGGAGUCACUCUGGUGGAUCUGCUGUCCUUUGCUACUGACCUGGAAGCUCAGGCCGACCAGCUGCCUCGUGGUGCUUUGGAGAACGCACUGAGAGGACACGCCAGCAGUAUCAGACUCAUUCACAGGGAGCAGGUGGUGCCCAUGGAGCAAGCAAUGAAAUAUGUCAGAGCGCGGAGCACACUGAGCCAGAGCAUCAAAAAACUGCAGAGGACGUCCAACGACCUGCCAGUCAAGGUCACUAAUAUCCUGAGCGCCAUUGAUGCAGCCGAGUACCUCAUCACCCACAAUGCCUCACAUGUGGUGAAGCAGGAAACGAAAGGCUAUGUCCAGAGCUUGGUGGGAUACUUCAGACAGUACACAGAAUGGGUUAAAAACUCACUAACUGCAGAGGUUGCGCAGUGUAAACCCAUCAGUAACAUUGUGGACAGCAUGGAGAUAGUAGCAUGCAGCUUCAUAAUUGACUCAGUGAACACGUUCUGGUUUGGUCUCGGUGGCUGCUGCAUCCUUCUGAUCCCCAGCAUCAUCUUCUCUGUCAAACUGGCCAAGUACUACAGAAGAAUGGACACAGAGGACGUCUUUGAAGAUAUGGUUAAUACAGGUAAUCAAGGUGAACAGGUGUGUGAUAUCCAUGGAAACCUCGCUGUGAUCAGCUCUCCCUAUAAUGACACUUUGACUCGGUUUCCUCGGGCCUCUGCUCCCCCGAGCUACUCCAUUUGGUGACCCACAGGAAUCCACCGACAAGUGGACAGGAGAACUGGAACUGAUCUCUACUUUGUGGAUCAUUGGACUUGUCUUGUUUAGAUUGUGUAGCAUUUCCAAGGACAAAAGGGAAGAAGAACAACAAUCAGGAACUGUGCGGAGAGGCUGACCCACCGCUCGGUAUUCUUUCAGGUCAUUUGAUAAGAAACUCUGAUGGCAGUCAAUCGUCAACCUAUAAAGUGUUCCCUUGCUCACACCAGCUUCUGGUCACAUUAGUCCCUCUAGUGUUUCAUGCUGUACACAAUCAACGGACAGAACAUUCUUCUUGCAUAGUUAGUUUACCUGUAGCCAGUGAAUUUGUCCUCAACGCUGUCAGUUCUAACACGGUGACACAAGUAUACAUUUUUUACACUUUCAAAACUUUUGAAAGUUUUAUAUAUUUUUGUUAAUCUUUGUUUUAUAUCUUGUAGUAGUAGCCCAUAUCUCUUUUUUUGUCUCUGUGAAUACUUGUAAUACAGCUUGCAUCAUUUUGAUUUCAAUAAGUUCCCCAGGAACAUUUUUAAGGAAUAGUUUGACAUUUUGGACAACACGCUAAUUGCUUUCUUGCUGAGAAUAGGAUGAGAAGAUACCACUGUCAAAUCUGUAUGUCAAAUACAAGCAGCUGGUUCAUUUAGCUUAGCAAAAAGAUGAAACUAAAAGCAAAAUCAAGCAGGACUAAGAGUCAGCAGUUAGUUGGAGGUACUGUAAAGCUCACUAUGGUAAUAUCAACCAGUUGCUAUUUUGCUGGUGUAAUGUUUACUGUGUUACAAUGUUUACCUGCCUUGUUUAGUAAAUUUAUUUACUAAUUUAAUUCUAAUUAGCACUAAUCAAAGUAUUUGGUCACAAACUAAACUACUUUUAACUAAUUACAACUGUGACUUGAUGAUUGUGGUGUGAAAAAUCAAGUGAUCACCAAAGCUUUUCUUUUUUUAAAUCCACUGGGUAACGUGUUUAUCUGCAGAAAAUUUCAUUGCAGUCCGCCAAAAAUAACAACCUCCUGGUGCUCUUGAGGGAAAAGUAAGAGGAUGAGAAAAGUUAAUAGGAUUCAUACUCAUAAAUGUCUUUACCUAAUGCCCAGGCAAACUGUCAAACAGUUGAGAUAUUUGUCUAGACCAAAGUGGUGGACCGGCUGACCAAAAUUGUUCUCAUACAAUCCAACGUGAUUUUACAGGGUUUGUUUUUGUACCAAUUAAAAUAAAAGAAAAAGGCUUUAAAUACAUUUUAUUACCUUUGAACGGGUGAGCUUCUUCCACCAUCUCCAGUCUUUGUGCUAAGCUAAGCUAACCAUCUCUAGACUUUUUUAUUGUAUGAUACACACAAGAGAGUUAUCGAUCAUCCCAGCUAACUUAGCGAGAAAGCUAAAAAAAAAAAAAAAAAAAGGAUUUUCCAAAAUGCCAAACUAUCCCUUUAAAGGUCCAGUGUAAAGGAUUUAGUGGUAUCAGGCAGUGAGGCUGCAGAUUCCAACCAGCUGAAUACCUCUAACCUCCACCUUCCGAGCUUUUAGGAGACCCAACAGUGGCGCUGAAAAAUGUGAAAUGUCCUCUCUAGAGCCAGUGUUUUAUUUGUCCAUUCUCAAGUGGAGCAACAUGGAAGAAAACCUGAACCUUCUAUCGAUAAAAAGGACAAAAACACAACAAAAGUAUGAAUAUUAUAAUUAAUUUCCACCAUUAGAUCCAUGUAAAUGUGACACAUUGGACCUUUAAACACUAAGUGACUAAUCUGGCAGCUUAGUUUGUUUCUGUGUUCACGUCCUUGAGACACGAAGAAUUCUUAGUUUGUCCUGGUCCUUGAAGCAAAAUGUUACAAGCUAUUCAAAGCACAUGCAUACGCUACACACACCUUUCCCUAACAAGGUUUAAAGACAGCUAACACACAAAAUACUGCCUCUUACGCAUUUCUCGUCAGACCAUUAGUGAGGGCCUAGUUGCUUGUGUUGUCAAAGGUUUGAGAAAUACAGCUCCCAGAAGCCUCGGUGAUGUCAGAGGUCUGAGGAACACACAAAAAGAGUUUGUGGUGAAGGGCGCAAAUCUGUGAAUAAAAACUUAAGUCUAAUAA